UGGGGACGCCUCAGGACCUGCGGGGUUCGCCCGCCCCCCCCCCAGCCCCCGGCCCACACCCAGCCGCUGCUCCGGGCACACUGACAGGGCCCCAGGGCCACCCAGGUACCGGCUGGACAGGGCGGACACCGGGGCUCAGUAGCCCCCGGGCUGGCAGGGAUGGGUUGGCCUUUGCACCCCUGUGGAGCUGGGCUCUGAGAGUCACCUCGACGCCACAGCCAUGGACGCCAACUUGCCGGGCACCUUCCUGCUCAACGGCCCCGCGCUGGGACCCUUCCCUGAGGCCAAGGCGCCCGUCUGUCAGUACUCGGUGCAGAGCUCCUUCUACAAGCUGAGCCCCCCGGGGCUGGGCACCCAGCUGGCUGCCGGCACCCCACACGGCAUCUCCGACAUCCUUGGCCGGCCUGCGGCGACGACGAACAGCAGCAUCCUCCCCGGCUACCCUCAUGUGGGUGGAUUUAAUGGACUAAGCUCCCCGGGUGUCUAUUAUGGGCCCCAGGUGGGGGCCCUCCCCAAGGCAGGCAGUGACUACCUGCCGCGGGGCCGGAGCUGCUGGGCAGAGGCAGCCCCAGACUGGCGGGGUGGCCGGCAGUGCGACGGCCCCCCUGCUCACUUGGCCGACAGCAUCCACAAGAAGAAGCACACGCGCCCGACUUUCACGGGGCACCAGAUCUUCGCCCUGGAGAAGACAUUUGAGCAGACCAAAUACCUGGCAGGCCCGGAGAGAGCACGACUGGCCUAUUCCCUUGGCAUGACUGAGUCCCAGGUGAAGGUCUGGUUCCAGAACCGACGGACCAAAUGGAGGAAGAAGAGUGCCCUGGAGCCCUCCUCAUCCUCACAGCGGGCGGGGGGCUCUGGUGGAGAGCGGGUGGUCUCUGAGGCUGAGGACGACGAGUACAACAAGCCCCUGGACCCUGACUCAGAUGAUGAGAAGAUCCGGCUGCUGCUCAGGAAGCAUCGUGCGGCUUUCUCGGUGCUGGGCUUGGGCUCACACAGUGGCUGAGUCCCUCCAGGCCACGGGGUGACUAGCCCAGCCACCCUCUGGUGACCCCCCAGCAGACACCCAGCUGUGGGGAUGGGGCAGCUGCCACUUCCCUCCUGGUGGGUCCUUCUCCGGGCUGGUGGGGCUGGGAGCAGAGCGCUGGGCAGUGUCAGGAGCAACCAUAUUGUUGGUGUUGAUGAAAUAAAGGCCCCAGCCCCAGCCAAGUCCCAGCACUUGCUUCGUGGGUGCACAGUGAGCCCGGAGAAGGGGCUGGGACAGCACACGUGGGGCAGAGUCUGCAUGCCAGGCAGGGGAAGGGGCCGUGGCUGUGGUGCUGUCUGGGGCAGCAGAGCCCACAGGAGCAGGGCAGCCCUAGGGACAUUUCCCAGGGUUUUCCCCAGUUUGGGUGUGUGCUGGCAGCAAGAGGUCCUGGUUCAAAAGUCACUCUUUGGGGCCUCUUGUUGGAA